AGCAGGGGGAGCAGGGCGCUGAGGAGAGGGUCGGUCAGCAGUGUGCGGGACACACACGCCGGUCAGCAGGACGCCGGGCAGCAGGACGGUCAGGACAGCUGGCACCCGACGAGACGCAGCAAAGCGCCGCAGGGCUCAUGGGAGGGAUAAGCUGAGGGGCUUAACAGAGCCGGGACUGAGACCUGAGACAGCUGCAGCCGACUAGCAGAAAGGAGGGACGAUGACGGAGCGCUACGACUGCCAUUACUGUAAGGAAUCCCUGUUUGGGAAGAAGUACGUCCUGCGGGAGGAGAACCCCUACUGUGUGAAGUGCUACGAGAGCCUGUACUCCAACACCUGCGAGGAGUGCAAGAAGCCCAUCGGCUGCAACAGCAGGGACCUGUCGUACAAGGACCGCCACUGGCACGAGGAGUGUUUCCACUGCUUCCAGUGCAAGCGCUCACUGGUGGACAAACCCUUCUCCACCAAGGACGAGCAGCUGUUGUGCACCGAGUGCUACUCCAACGAGUACUCCUCCAAGUGCCACGAAUGCAAGAAGACCAUCAUGCCUGGCUCCAGGAAGAUGGAGCAUAAGGGGAACAGCUGGCAUGAGACGUGCUUCACCUGUAAGCGCUGCCAGCAGCCUAUUGGCACCAAGAGCUUCAUCCCAAAGGACAACAACAACUACUGCGUGCCCUGCUACGAGAAGCAGUUCGCCAUGCAGUGUUUUCACUGCAAGAAGCCUAUCACUACUGGAGGAGUGACCUACCAUGACCAGCCGUGGCAUAAGGACUGCUUCCUGUGCACCGGCUGCAAGCAGCAGCUGUCCGGUCAGCGCUUCACCUCUCGAGAUGACUUCGCCUACUGCCUCAACUGCUUCUGCAACCUGUAUGCCAAGAAGUGUGCCUCCUGCACCAGCCCCAUCAGCGGGCUGGGAGGGAGCAAGUACAUCUCUUUUGAGGAGCGCCAGUGGCACAACGACUGUUUCAACUGCAAGAAGUGCUCCGUCUCUCUGGUGGGCCGAGGCUUCCUGACUGAGAGAGAUGACAUCCUGUGCCCUGAAUGCGGCAAAGACAUCUGAGCAGAAGCAAAAGAUCUAAUUAAAGAGAAAGGCAAAGCUAAGCAGAAUGGAUCAACCCUAAUGAACCCAUAAGAAUCCUAAUCAUAGCAAAUCAUCUAACACCAGCGAUGGCAGUGGUGUAUGUACAUGUAGGAGGAGGCAGAUACAUCUACGUUCUGGCUAUUAACAGCUUCAGUAGUUGAUGAAAUAAUUGUCACAGAUAUUUCUUUUGCCAUAAAUAUUUAUUGUCUAUAUAGUGUGAGGAGAAAAAGCUUUACGAUGAAACUGAUACAUGUAGAAAAUACAUUAACAUUUAUAAAAAAAAAAAAAGUUUUUAAGACUAGACUGUUUUGAAGUUGAAUAUUAAUACGUUAAUCUACUUAAACCUUCUGACUCUGAUGUGAUUUCCUCAGAUCUGGUUUAUAAAUGAGCUUUUAUAAGCGCAGCCCUUGGAUCCUUUUCUUU